AUGAGCACGACGUUUGGAGACCGCGCUCAGGCGGGCGCUCUGGAUAUCCGCGUCGAAGAUUUCCUCGACGACAAGCUUCAGUCCACCACCGAUCUCGAGAACCUCGACUCCCUCAUCGCCAACGUGGAGGUCCAGCGCAGCCAGCUUCAGACCCAGCUCGACAACGCCAUCAAACAGCUCGACGAAGCUCGCCAGACAGCCGGCGACCGCCAAUCCUCCCUCGCGCAGCGUAUCCAAGACUUCCAGGAGCUCCAGCACAGCAUCGAUGUCCGAGUCAAGAUAGCGGCCGCAUCCGACGCCCCGAACCAGGCCAUCGCAAGGCUGCAACAACCUAUGAAGAAGCUGCAGACAAUCGAACUUGCCCAGAAAUACCUGACGCUGCUACAAGACGUCGAAAACCUGCGGACCGAAGCUCGCUCGCACCUCCCCGACAGCCCAAAGGCUGCUUUGGAGCCGUACUCGAAGCUCAAGCAACUGUCGAGGCGCCUGGAGGAACUCUCAGGGCCGGCUGAUGAUGCGGCAGUACAUCUCGUCAAUCACGUGCGGAGUGUUGCCGAUACGCUGUGGGACGAGAUGAAGAAGACAAUGUCGAGCGAGCUGGAGACUGUUCUCAGCAAGAGGUCAUGGCCCAUGGUGGAACCUAGCUCUGAAAUGGACGACGAGUGGCUCGCCUGCUUUGAAAAGUUGCUGGACCUUCAGAUUCCCGAGGUCAUCCUGAGCAAGUCCACCGUCAGCCUUCUCUCGUUCGAUGUCAUGUCACGAAUCUUCAUCUCUGAGUUCCGCUUCCACUUUCUCAGCGACAAGCCGACGAGCAAACCCGAUGCUAUUGGAUCGCACUGCUUCCCUUGGUUCUUGGCAACCAUUGAAAAAUGGGAAGACUUCUAUAGAGACAACUUGGGUUACCUGCUGGCUGCCAAGUUCCGCGAUACCUCCGCGGGUAACAGUCUAGUAUACGUUGAUCCGGUCUGUGCUUUCAUCACCAGCAUGCUGCCCGUCAUGAGAGAGAAGGUCCAGAAUGUGGUUGCAGAAACGGCCAAGAACCCUGCCUUCUUGAGCAGCUUCAUGGGGCAGUUAAUGACAUUCGAUGAGAGUAUUCGGACAAAGUUCAACUAUGACGGCGGGGAUCCAGACCAAGGUUGGCCCGGCCUGGCUACUGAGGUCUUGGAGCAGUGGUUCGAGCCUUGGUUCCAGGCAGAAAAGGAGUUUGCUCUCGAGCGCUUUCAAGCUAUCAUGGAUAGCUCCGAUGCACGAAAUAUCGACUACGAUUACGCUAUAACGGGAAAGACAAAGCCGACUUUCGGCGCAGUGCGCGUCACUGACUUGUUGAGGUCUAUUACAACCCAAUAUGAGAGAGUACGCGCCUUCAAGCACAAGAUUCGGUUCUUGAUUGGAAUUCAACUCGAUAUUCUCGACGAGUUCCAUGACCGUCUGCGUGGCUCUCUCGAGGCCUAUCAAGCUCUCACAUCGACAGUCGGCAGGACUUUGCACGGUGUCACGAAAGAACAGCUUGCGGCUCUCGAAGGCACCGGUAGUUUCGAGUCUCUGUGCAAGGUUUACGGCAGUGCAGACCACAUUGUCAACACGCUCAAGGACUGGGGUAACGAGGAAUUCUUUGUCACGUUAUGGGAUCAAUUGCAGGGUCGCGCGACCAAGGAAGGCGAGACGUCGAGGAUGUCUGGCGAGAUGAGUUACGAAGAGGUCAAGGAUCGCACCUCUGCUGCCGUCGGCUCGGAGGCUAAUGACGGCGUCCUCUUUGAUGAGACAAUCGCUGCGUACAGCCUUAGACGCAAGACGGCGCAGGAGUUUUUGGUGAGCGCGCUUGCAGACUCUCAUUACAAAGCCUUUAGAGCCUAUGCGACACGGACACACUGGACAACCAUUAGUGACAGUGGUCCCGAGAUCGAUCCGUCGCAAUUGGCUGUUACACCAGAGCUCGACGAGCCCUUGAGAAUCCUCAAGCGCAACUUUGAUUUCCUACUUAAGGCUAUUGGCACGGCAGCGUUCCGACGCACAUGGCGCUCCGCACUGGACAAACUCCAAGACCUGCUUUGGGGCGAGGUCUUGAUGAGGCAGAGCUUCACCGCGUUUGGUGCGGCCCAGUUCACGCGUGACGUCAAUGCCAUUUCCUCCCUUGUGGAGAGAUAUAUCCAGAAUGGUGUAGGAUCAUUGGGUAGUCUGUUUGACGCGCUGAAAUUGCUCAACCUCCCGAACGAACCCCAGGAGGGCACUUUGUCACUCAAGGACGCUACGGAUCGAGUGUUUACCGAUAACACGGAGGCCAAGAAGUUAUUGGAAGAGCUAGACAUUGACACACUCACACCCGCGAAUGCUAGGCAUAUUUUGCAGCGCAGGGUGGAAAACAAGGAAUAG